AUGGAUACGCAUUUGAUGAUAUGCGAUAAAAACCAAACAUGUGUAGAUACCACUGAGAUAUUCUCAGUUGCAGAAAAAUUUGAUACACGAGAAGAGAUGACUAGGUGGAUUAGGGAGGUUGGAAUCCGAAAUAGAGUGACGGUUAUAAUAACCCGUCCGGACACCAAAACUAGCAAGAGAGGAAGAAGUGACAAAGUCAUAUUUGGCUGUGAUAGAGGCGGAAAAUACAAAGAAGGAGAUAGUAAAACACAAAGUGCUACCAAAAUAUGUCGUUGUCCAUUCAAAAUUAGGUCAACACCGUCAAAAGAUAAUUUUGGUUGGAAUAUUGACGUAAAAUGUGAACUUUACAACCAUGGUUUACCGGAUAUAUUUGAAGGUCAUUUGUUUGUAGGUCGACUUAAUGAUGAUGAUGAUCAACAACAACAUAUUGUUGAUUUGACAAAACGUCACGUUCCACCAAGACAUAUAUUGUUGUCAUUGCAAGAACGAUAUUCAAAGAAUGUGACUCGGAUCACCCAAAUAUAUAAACAUAAGAGUAAAAUGCGGAAAGACAUAAGGGGUCCUAGAACGGAAAUGCAACAUUUAUUUAAGCUGAUAGAGGAUUCAGAUUAUGUUUAUUGGAGUAGGAAAAAAGACGAGUCAGAAGUUGUGAGAGAUAUCUUCUAG